GGCAAGCUGACUUCUGAUUUACACCAGCAGAGAAGAUAUCAAGAUGAACUUUUCAUUCCAAUUACUGCUGGCAGUAUGGCUAUACUUCCUCAAUAUCGCUCAAGAGAGCAAAUGUUUUCCUUUACCUACACAAUUUCGUUUGGAAAAACGAGGUACAAGACUCAUUCCAGACGGCACACGAUUCAGAAUUGCAGCAACUAGAGCUCAAGCUGCCAUUUAUAAAGGUGCAUCGAAGAUUAGCUAUGCUUCGGGAGCUGGUAAAGCAGGAAAAUUCCUGGAUAAAGCAGCAGCAGGUAAAUCAGCUAAAGUAAAAGUUUUAGGCCACCAAGCACAAACUAAAGCUAUAGAUGCUACGAUUAGCAUUUAAACGGAUCUUUCCCAAGUUUGUAAGAAUUUUUCUUCUGCCCCAAUUUUUGUUCUUUUGACGACCAAUGGCCUGGCCUGUUUGUUCAAACUUUGUAUAUAAUUCUGUCGUGAAUGCUUUGUACGCUCUCACGGGGCG